UCUUCGAGAUGUAGAUUGACUCUUUGAGCAGAGCAGAACUGUACUGGAUUCGACGCUUUGGUCAAACAUGCUCUUUCAUCGAGCACACUGGAUAUCAAGAAAGUUAUUUUAACUUUUAAGAGCAGUCAAUGGAUGUUGAUGCAGAAUGCUGAACGGUGUUUUAAACAGGUCUGUCUACGAAUGAAAGGGGUCACAAGGAGUGACUCCCAGUGAAGUUCAGAAAUGAAAGAUAUGGACCAAAAUCUUACAGGUUUCUUACUUCGAACAGGAUUUUAGUUAUUUUACGUCACCACAAAGUAAUUUGGACAUGGACAAUGGAUACAUUAAGAAUCUCAGUAAACGGUGUUUCAUAUACUGAGUCAACAGAGAUCUUGAAACCAGAAGACCCGUUUACUGGUCCACUGAGUAAUAUAGCGCCAUGGAAUUUCACAUUUUUGGCCGUCUUGAUGUUUUUUGUGUCCUUCCUUUCACUGUGCGAGAACUUCACUGUAAUGUUCGUGACUUUUAAGUUCAAACAGCUAAGACAACCCCUGAACUACAUCAUAGUUAAUUUAUCUAUCGCAGAUUUCCUUGUGUCCCUCUCUGGUGGGCUGAUUAGCUUUUUGACAAAUGCAAAGGGUUACUUCUUCCUUGGAAAAUGGGCUUGCGUGUUGGAAGGAUUUGCUGUCACCUAUUUUGGGAUUGUUGCUAUGUGGUCCCUGUCCGUCCUGUCCUUUGAGCGCUUCUUCGUGAUCUGUCGUCCCCUCGGGAACAUACGACUGAGGGGGAAGCAUGCAGUGCUGGGCCUGCUGUUUGUCUGGACCUUCUCCUUCAUCUGGACGAUUCCCCCGGUCCUGGGCUGGAGCAGCUACACUGUCAGCAAGAUCGGAACCACCUGCGAGCCUAACUGGUACUCCACCAAACUUUCCGACCGUAUCUACAUCAUCACCUUCUUCUUCACAUGCUUCAUACUGCCGCUGGGGGUGAUUAUCUACUGUUAUGGGAAGCUCCUGGGGAAGCUGAGGAAGGUGUCCAAUGGCAGGCUGGGUAAUGUCAGGAAGCCGGAGCGUCAGGUGACAAGAAUGGUGGUGGUGAUGAUCGUGGCCUUCAUGGUGGGCUGGACACCGUAUGCCGCCUUCUCUAUUGUGGUCACCGCAUGUCCCCACAUCUACAUCGACCCUCGUAUGGCAGCCAUCCCGGCUUUUUUCUCCAAAACUGCCGCCUGCUACAACCCAGUCAUCUAUGUCUUCAUGAAUAAACAGUUCAGGAAGUGCCUGAUUAAGCUCUUCACCGGCAAGGGGACCAUACCGGAAGGCAACCUCGGCCAGACCUCUGAGCGACCGGGUAUAACCGCGGAAAGUCAGACGGGCGAGAUGUCGGCCAUCGCAGCCCGCAUCCCAAUGGAUGGCACAGCGGCCACCAAGUCAGACGAACAACCCAGUGAGUGUAGCUCCUCUGCCCAGCUUCCCAUCCCAGAAAACAAAGUGUGCCCCAUAUAGACAGUCAGGAAACUCCAUCCUCAGAAAGCAAACAUUCCUCACUCUCCUACUUACUCCAGCUAACUCCCAGGCAGACGCUUUAAGACUCAGCAGUGUCCUCUCACCACCACGUUCAGCCCUAAUGACAUCCACACGCUUGAUCCCCCAUCAACAGCCCCAUAUCCUCUACCCUUCUAUCACAGCAUGAA